UUUAUUAACUAACAACCAAUUAACAAACUAACUGUAGCAAAAACAGUAAAACCAUGAAGUUUAGUAGAGCGUGACGCUUACGUGAGAAUUCCGAUUGAAUAAUAUGGCAUCGAGCUUUAUUGUUGUACUAUUUGCAAUCUUACAUCCAUCUUUAUCCUUUCAACCUCUAAGCAAGGAACAACACAUUGAAAAAUUCAAUAAAAUUAACGAAGAUGUGGAACCGUUUAGAAGAAAUUUGACGGAAUGCGCGCGUCAAGUGAAAGCAUCAAUGGUAGACGUUGAAAACUUUUUAAAAAGGAUCCCACAAACAACCAUGCAGGGCAAAUGUUUCGUUGCGUGCAUUUUGAAACGCAAUUCCAUAAUUGUAAAAAAUAAGGUCGUAAAAGAGAACCUUCUAGACGCGAAUAAAGCCGUGUACGGUGAAGACAGUGAAGUAAUGUCGCGACUGAAAUUGGCCAUAGCGGAAUGUGGCGAUGUAGUUGAGGGGAUUUUUGAAAUCUGCGAAUACGCAUCUGUUUUUAACGACUGUAUGCAUAUGAAAAUGGAACAUGUAUUGGAUAAAGUCACAAUGGAGCGGAGGAUGGAGGCUCUUGGACAAAUGACGUCCGACCCUGAUACGUGGACUGAGGAGGACGACGAAAUUUUGAAACUAGUUAAGGAUGAACUUUAAUGUUACACGAAGUAUUUCCAUAAAUAAAAAUGGAAGAAGAA